AUGUCACAGGACCCUUCCAUCUCUGACCUCCCGGGAGGCGAGGGCGGGAACCCCGGGGGGGCCCUGCCCUGCCAAGCCUGGGCUGGAGGAGGAGGAGGAGGGAGGCGGGCUGAGUGGGAGGGGCGGGGGCAGCGGGAGUCCGCCGUGACCUACAUCUGUCCCGGCGCCACCGGCCACCGGCAGUCCAUUCAGAGCCUCCGGCAGCAGCUGGACGCGGGGAGGCGGGAGCGGCCGGGAGGCUCGGGGUGGUGGUCCUGGGCGUGGGUGGCACGGAGCCCCCCACACCCACCCCUCUGCCGUGGCCAGCUGGGUUCCCCUCCGUCCCCCUCGCCCGCCCCGGCGACUCCCCGCAGAGCGGCGGCUGUGGCCCGGAAAUCCCUCAAGAAGUCCUCCACGCCGGGUGUGAGCAUCUGGCAGCUGGUGGAGGAGGUGCCCAAAGGCUGCAGCACGCCCGACUUCGUGCAGAGGCCCAUUGCCUUGGCGCUGCAGGAGGGGAAGAACGCCACCUUCCGAGCUGUGGUCUGCGGGGAGCCCAGGCCCAGGGUGCGCUGGCACUGCUCCAAAGGGGACCUCAGCAGCUCCAGCAAGUACCAGGUUUCGUCCAGCACGGGCAGCAGGGAGCACGUGCUGCAGAUCAAUAAACUGACCGGCGAGGACACGGACGUGUACCGCUGCACUGCAGUGAAUGCCUAUGGAGAGGCCACGUGCUCGGCCAGGCUCACGGUGAUCGAAGUUGGCUUUCGGAAGAAUCGGAAGAGGCCCAACGAGCCCCAAGAGGACCUCAGGAAGGAGCUGGUGGACUUCCGGAAGAUGCUGAAAAAGAGGGACCCGCCUCCCGCCCCCAAGAAGGAGGUGGACAUGGAGCGGGUGUGGCAGCUGCUGAUGACGGCGGACCGGAAGGACUACGAGCAGAUCUGCCUCAAGUAUGGCAUCGUGGACUUCCGCGGGAUGCUGCGGCGGCUGCAGCGGAUGAGCAAGGAGCGCGAGGAGAAGCUGGCGCCGUACCUCAACACCAUCGCCAACCUGAGACAUGUGCGGGUCAACAAGGAGGGGAUCGCAACCUUUGGCCUGGAGCUGGACCUCAAGAGUCCUGAGAGCAAGAUUUACCUGUACAAGGAUGGCGAGAUGGUCCCCUACGGCUUCAACAACCAGACCAAACACAGUCUGCGGCGUCUGGGGAAGCACUACCAGUUCCAAAUCCAGGACCUGAAGCCGGAGGAUGCCGGCAUCUACCAGGUCCGGGUGGAGGAUGCCCACGUCUUCACCACGGAGCUGGAGGCCAGUGCCAUCCCUCCCCACGUGGUGGUCCCACUGGCCGAUGUCCGCUGCGAGGAGCGGGGGGACGCCGUCUUCGAGUGCACCCUGUCCAGCCCCUGCUCCAGCGCCGCCUGGAGGUUUCAGCACCGGCCGCUCCACCUCAGUGACAAGUACGAGACGUUCGUGUCCCCGGAUGGGCUGAGGCACCGGCUGCUGGUGCGAGGGGUCCGCUUCUCCGACAUGGGCCUCUACUCCCUGGGCACCAAGCUCCAUGCCUCCAGCGCCUGGCUGGUGGUGGAAGCUGGGAAGGAUAAGAGCCUUCUGACCACAAGCGCUGACUGCCAGAGACAGGCACAAGAAGGCCAGAGCCCAGAAGAUUUCAGGAGCGCCCAUGGGGAGGGGGGUAGAUCCAGAGAGCAGGGCCCCACAGGGAGCUCCCUCCAGAGAGCUGGGCUGGCCUCUGGGGCCACAGCCAGCCCAGUUAGGGGCGGCCUGGGAGGGCCUGGCCACUCCUCGAUGGGGGAUGAGGAGGCAGCUCAUGCAGCCUGGGGCCCUGGACAGGCCAGAGAGGGCUUUCUGGAAGAGGAGGGAGGCAGAGUCCCGGGUCUUGGGGUCGACCAGCUCCACGGAGGGAGAGGAGGGGACCGGAGCCUUCCGGGAAGCUUAGGAGGGGGCUUGGAAUCCGGGCUGGGACUUGCGGGAGCCCAGCAGCGAGGUCGCAGCAGAGACGGUGCAGGACCAGUGGGAGCCUUGGAGGCGGGGUCCUGGCGGCCUGAGGCUGGAGGGCUGGGGGAGCGGGCCCCGUGGGGAGCCCAGGCUGGUCCUGCAGGGGCUGGCUUAGAAGGUCAAGGAUCGGAGAUUCUGCAGGGGCAGAGCCUGGGUGAGCUGGGGGGAGAGCACGGUCUGAGUGAUGGGGUGGGAAGAGGCAUGGCGGGCCCAGGGUGGGGCCACAGGGCUGGCCCGGGGGGCGCUGGAGGUGGCCAUGGGGCAGGGAGUCCCGGAGCGCUGAAGCCUAUAGGAGGACGAGGCUCUAACUCCAUGGCAGGCUGGGGCCCUGAGUCCUGGGGCUCUGAAAAAGCGAGCGAUGCUGACCACGGAGAUGCAAGGGGCUCCUGGGGCUCAGGGGCAUUUGCAGGCCGGCACCUCCAGGAGCCACCUGUAUCUGGGGGCGAAAGCUUCCUCCAGGGGCGCGGGGCUCCGGAGGCCAAAACUGGGGCAGAGGCAGAUGACGGAGGCCCAGGGGGUCCUGGGGGCUGGAGAGGGGGCCCACGGGGGCUCAGGGCAAGGGAGGGCCCAGAGUCUGUGGGGGCCUUGGGUGAGGUGGGCCGCAGCUCCAGCGGGGCCCAGGAUCCCCAGGCCUGGACCACUGGUCAGAGGGCUCCAGGCGAGGCUAUGGGCCCAGGCCCUUGGGAAGACACUGGGUCCGGCCCCAGCAAAACCGGGGCCCACGGCAGGCCUGGAGCGCUGGUGUCUGGUGGGGAGCGAGGGGGUGCAGGUGGGCCCCAGGCGGCGGGGCUGACCGGGUCUGAUGCCAGAAGCUACAAGCUCAGUGAGUCUUCAGGCCCUGGAGGGACCCUGGGAGACACGGACGGGCUGAGAGACUCAGGGGCCAUGGGGUCUGAGCCAGGUUUCUGGGACAGGUCCCGGGGCUCCAGAGAGAAAGCACCCAGAGGUGGGGUGGGCCACGUGGGUGGCCUUGGAGGCCCGGAGGGGAUGGAGUCUGGGCUGGGUGAGGGCUCCGGGUAUCCCGGGGGAGCAGGCCCGGCCUAUAGAGCCGGUUUCAGUGAUGGCUUAGGCGGGCCGGGAGCCCCGGGUUUUGGCCGUGCUGGGGGCCUGGGGGGAGCAGAGUCUUGGGACGGGGGUGGCUAUAGAGAAGGUUUAAGGGGUUCUGGGGGAAUGGGGGCAGGCGCUAAGGCUGGUUAUGGAGAUGGUUUAGGGAGUUCUGGGGGAGUUGAUUCAGGGGCUAAGGCUGGUUAUGGGGAUGGUCUAGGGGGUUCUGGGGGAAUGGGGGCAGGCGCUAAGGCUGGUUAUGGGGAUGGUCUAGGGGGUUCUGGGGGAAUGGGGGCAGGCGCUAAGGCUGGUUAUGGGGAUGGUCUAGGGGGUUCUGGGGGAAUGGGGGCAGGCGCUAAGGCUGGUUAUGGGGAUGGUCUAGGGGGUUCUGGGGGAAUGGGGGCAGGCGCUAAGGCUGGUUAUGGGGAUGGUCUAGGGGGUUCUGGGGGAAUGGGGGCAGGCGCUAAGGCUGGUUAUGGGGAUGGUCUAGGGGGUUCUGGGGGAAUGGGGGCAGGCGCUAAGGCUGGUUAUGGGGAUGGUCUAGGGGGUUCUGGGGGAAUGGGGGCAGGCGCUAAGGCUGGUUAUGGGGAUGGUCUAGGGGGUUCUGGGGGAAUGGGGGCAGGCGCUAAGGCUGGUUAUGGGGAUGGUCUAGGGGGUUCUGGGGGAAUGGGGGCAGGCGCUAAGGCUGGUUAUGGGGAUGGCUUAGGGGGUUCUGGGGGAAUGGGGGCAGGCGCUAAGGCUGGUUAUGGGGAUGGUCUAGGGGGUUCUGGGGGAAUGGGGGCAGGCGCUAAGGCUGGUUAUGGGGAUGGUCUAGGGGGUUCUGGGGGAAUGGGGGCAGGCGCUAAGGCUGGUUAUGGGGAUGGUCUAGGGGGUUCUGGGGGAAUGGGGGCAGGCGCUAAGGCUGGUUAUGGGGAUGGUCUAGGGGGUUCUGGGGGAAUGGGGGCAGGCGCUAAGGCUGGUUAUGGGGAUGGUCUAGGGGGUUCUGGGGGAAUGGGGGCAGGCGCUAAGGCUGGUUAUGGAGAUGGUUUAGGGAGUUCUGGGGGAGUUGAUUCAGGGGCUAAGGCUGGUUAUGGGGAUGGUCUAGGGGGUUCUGGGGGAAUGGGGGCAGGCGCUAAGGCUGGUUAUGGGGAUGGUUUAGGGGGUUCUGGGGGAAUGGGGGCAGGCGCUAAGGCUGGUUAUGGGGAUGGUCUAGGGGGUUCUGGGGGAAUGGGGGCAGGCGCUAAGGCUGGUUAUGGGGAUGGUCUAGGGGGUUCUGGGGGAAUGGGGGCAGGCGCUAAGGCUGGUUAUGGGGAUGGUCUAGGGGGUUCUGGGGGAAUGGGGGCAGGCGCUAAGGCUGGUUAUGGGGAUGGUCUAGGGGGUUCUGGGGGAAUGGGGGCAGGCGCUAAGGCUGGUUAUGGGGAUGGUCUAGGGGGUUCUGGGGGAAUGGGGGCAGGCGCUAAGGCUGGUUAUGGAGAUGGUUUAGGGAGUUCUGGGGGAGUUGAUUCAGGGGCUAAGGCUGGUUAUGGGGAUGGUCUAGGGGGUUCUGGGGGAAUGGGGGCAGGCGCUAAGGCUGGUUAUGGGGAUGGUCUAGGGGGUUCUGGGGGAAUGGGGGCAGGCGCUAAGGCUGGUUAUGGGGAUGGUCUAGGGGGUUCUGGGGGAAUGGGGGCAGGCGCUAAGGCUGGUUAUGGGGAUGGUCUAGGGGGUUCUGGGGGAAUGGGGGCAGGCGCUAAGGCUGGUUAUGGGGAUGGUCUAGGGGGUUCUGGGGGAAUGGGGGCAGGCGCUAAGGCUGGUUAUGGGGAUGGUCUAGGGGGUUCUGGGGGAAUGGGGGCAGGCGCUAAGGCUGGUUAUGGGGAUGGUCUAGGGGGUUCUGGGGGAAUGGGGGCAGGCGCUAAGGCUGGUUAUGGGGAUGGUCUAGGGGGUUCUGGGGGAAUGGGGGCAGGCGCUAAGGCUGGUUAUGGGGAUGGUCUAGGGGGUUCUGGGGGAAUGGGGGCAGGCGCUAAGGCUGGUUAUGGGGAUGGUCUAGGGGGUUCUGGGGGAAUGGGGGCAGGCGCUAAGGCUGGUUAUGGGGAUGGUCUAGGGGGUUCUGGGGAAAUGGGGGCAGGCGCUAAGGCUGGUUAUGGGGAUGGUCUAGGGGGUUCUGGGGGAAUGGGGGCAGGCGCUAAGGCUGGUUAUGGGGAUGGUCUAGGGGGUUCUGGGGGAAUGGGGGCAGGCGCUAAGGCUGGUUAUGGGGAUGGUCUAGGGGGUUCUGGGGGAAUGGGGGCAGAGGAUGAGGUUGGCUUCAGAGACGGUUCAGGGGGAUUUGGAGGAGCAGGCUCACUGGCUGGGGUGGGUAAGGACAGCGGAUUCAGAGGCCAGGAAGCCCUGGGACGUGGAUCGGGAUGCGGGGCAGCCUCAGAGGGGCCCUACAGUGGCACGAGCACCAAGGAUGGUCCAGAGGCGGGCAGAGGGACGGGGCUGGUGGGAGGCGCAGGUGUGGGGCUGGGCUCCAGCAUAGCCGGACGGCCGGGUACCGUGGAUGGUGCAGCUCACGGGGCAGGCUCUGAGAGCCCAGGGAUGCUGGGGGUUCCAGGAGGCCCGCCGAGGCUCUCAGAUGGAUGGGAUUCCGAGAGUGGUUUGCGGGGCUCUGGACGCCCAGGCGCCCCUGAGGCGUGGGGGGCUGUGAGUUCUGAGGGGAAGGCAGGUGUUGCAGGGCAGCAAGACGGCUCUGGGCUCCCGGGGUACCCCGGGCACAGAGGGGCUCCCAGCAGGGAGGGCGGGGCUUCCGGGGUCCCUGAUGGUCGGAGGGCAGUGCAGGGCGAGGCCUGGGCAGAGUCAGCUGCUCAGGAAUCCGGACCAGACCAGGACUCCCGGAGAUCAGGUCCAGGAGCAGUGGGCAGGGGUCCGGAAUCUGUCCAGGGGGCACUGGCCCCUCAGGGCACCGGGGCCACACAGCUGGGUGGCAAGAGGGUGGGGGCCGGACGGGGGGCUCCCGUGGGCACAGGCCAGGGUCUGGACAGCAGCCAGUUGCCCGGAGAAAGGGGCAGAUCCACAUCAGGGCCCGCCGGUGGGCACGGGGAAAGACACGCGUGGGGCCCAGGUGGGGAAGACUGGGGGUCUGGCCAAGACAGCUCUGGAGCCUGGGACCAGCCCCCAGGCCCCUGGGCUUCGAGCUCCCUCCAGGGGGAAGACGCCACUCUCGGGGGGACCCGAGAAAGGCCAGAGGGCUCCUGGGGCUGGGAGGGGGCUCCAGAUGGAGAGGAGGCUGGUGGGGGGCGAAGCCUGGGCUUCCUGGAUGGCAAAGCUUCGGGUCUGGGCAGGAGCAGAGCUAGUGGUCCAGGAGACUCAGGUGCCCCCAGAAAGGGGACUUCUGCUCGGGGGGAGGACGGCUCCUCCCGAAAGCCCGGGGGUUCAGGACGACAGGGGGCCCGGGAUGGCCUGGAUGGUCCCUAUGGCAGAAAAGAGCCUGGCGAUGGGUCAUGGGGUCAGGGGACUGGUGCUCCGCCGGGCACAGGACACAGGAGAGGAAGGGGCUCCCUGGAUGCUGGGGAUGACAGGGCCCAUGGCCCAGAGGCCCUGGCCGAGUACGAGGCAGUGGAUGAGGCCGGCGUGGCAGAGAGGAGGCUGGGCCCGUACAGGAGCAGGACUCAGACCUGGUCCAGGGUCGAUCCUGGAGCAGCAAAGAGAGGGGGUGCGGAUGAGGCCAGAGACCUGGGGCAGCCGCCUGGCGGAGAGGACACGGGGUACCCCGGGGAGCCCCCCAGCCACCUGGGCAGCAGCAGAGCUGACAGAGACGGCGGGUCAGACGCCUACGGCCGGAGGAGGGACGCCACCCUGAGCCCCAGGUCCAGACGCAAGCCUGGCACUGGUGGCUUCUCUGAGGACGCCCGAGGCCCCACCGGCCACUUCUCCCAGGGCCUGGCUGACGUGGAGGUGGAGCGCGGGGAGGCUGCCGUGCUCUCCUGCACCCUCAUACGCGACCUGGGCCCCGGAGCCUGGUUUAAGGACGGAGUCAAGCUCAGCGCCCAGGAUGGACUCGCCUUGGAGCAGGAUGGGCUUGCACACAGACUUGUCAUCGCCCAGGCGGACGGGACACGGGCCGGGAGGUACAGCUUUGCAGCCGGAGGCCAGCAGAGCGAGGCCACGCUGACCGUCCACGAUCCCCCGGUCAUCGCUCCAGACGUCUCUGCGAAGCUGCGGGAGCCACUGGUGGUCAAGGCUGGGAAGCCGGUGACCAUGAAGGUCCCCUUCCAGAGCUGCCUCCCGGUCCAGGCCACCUGGAGGAAGGACGGGGAGGAGGUGGCCGGUGGCAGUGGCCGCGGCGCCCAGGUGGCCGUGGGGGACGGCUUCACGCGGCUGUGCCUCCCCAGCGCCAGCAGGCAGGACCGUGGCCAGUACAGCGUCACCCUGAGGAGCCAGGGCGGCUCCACGCAGGCCGAGCUCACCCUGCAGGUCCUAGACAAGCCGCAGCCCCCGCAGGGCCCCCUGGAGGUGCAGGACGGCCACGGGGCUGGCGUGCACCUGCGCUGGCGGCCCCCUAAGGACGAUGGCGGCCGGGCCCUGGAGCAGUACGUGGUGGAGCGGCGGCAGGCCGGCCGGAGCACGUGGCUGAAGGUGGGCGAGCCCCGCUCGGACAGCACCAGCUUCACGGACGCCCACACGGAGCAGGGCAAGAAGUACGCCUACCGCGUGCGGGCCGUGACCGCAGAGGGGCCCAGCGAGGCCCUGGAGUCCGAGGAGGUGCUCGUGGCACCUGAGGCUCGGCCCGGGCCCCCGUCCCCGCCGUCCAUCCUGUCGGCCUCCAGCCAGGGCGUCACUUUGGCCUGGACGGCACCCCGGGGCCCUGGCAGCGCCCACAUCCUCGGCUACCUGGUUGAGAAGCGCAAGAAGGGGAGCAGCGCCUGGGCGGCCGUGACCCAGAAGCCGGUGCCCGAGAAGAAGUGGACAGUGGGGGACCUGCAGCAGGGCUGGCAGUAUGAGUUCCGGGUCACGGCCGUGGCCCCCUCCGGCCGGGGAGAGCCUGGACCCCCAUCGGAGGCCGUCUUCGCCCGUGACCCCAUGAGACCCCCGGGGCCCGUGAGGGAUCUCCAGGUCACGGAUACGUCGCACACCAGCAUCACCCUGAGCUGGGCUCGGCCCGACAGCCAGGAUGGGGACGAACCGCAGGGCUACGUGGUGGAGAUGCGCGGCGCGGCCAGCCCGCAGUGGAGCCCGUGCCACGCGGGCACCGUGCCGGGUACCACCUACACGGCCAAGGGGCUGCGGCCCCGGGAGAGCUACCUCCUGCGGGUGACAGCCGUGAACGACGGGGGCCCCGGCCAGCCCACGGCCCUGGUCUCGGCGGUGGAAGCCAUGCCCGUCUCGGUCCGCCCCAAGUUCCGCAUGGACGCCAGCAUGAAGGACUUGCUGACCGUCAGAGCUGGGGACACGGUCCGCGUGCCCGUCUACUUUGAGGCAGCGCCCACCCCGGAGGUGACCUGGCUGAAGGACGGCUUGCCCUUGCCUAAGCGGAGUGUGGCCUCCGUCAAGGACGGCCUCACCCAGCUCCUGAUCCCCUCGGCCAGCCUCAGUGACAGCGGCGCCUACACCGUGGUGCUGAGGAGCCCGCGAGGGGAGGAGGCCACCUACAGCCUCCGCCUCAGGGUGGCAGCGCGCCCGCGGGCGCCAGGACCCAUCGUCCUGCGGGAGGGCACGCUGGGCUCGGUGACCAUCGAGUGGGAGCCGUCCCCGGACGAGACGGAGGCGGGCGCCGCGCCGCUGCACUACGCCGUGCUGAUGCGCACCUCGGCCCACGCACCCUGGUGUCCGGCGGCCGAGCGCCUGCACAACUGCCGCUUCACCCUGGUGGGCGUCCUCCCGGGCCACGAGUACCACUUCCGCGUGGUGGCCAAGAACGAGCUGGGCGCCAGCGAGCCCUCAGACACGCGCCAGCCCUGGGUCGUCCCGCGUCAGCCUCCGGACAAAGUCACGGCAAGGGGCUUAAGCUACCGCGAGCCGGACCUGAGCCAGAAGCCGCGCUUCCUGGUGGGCCUGCGUCCCCACCUGCUGCCCCUGGGCAGCGAGUGCUGCAUGACCUGCGCUGUGCAGGGCCAGCCGCGCCCCCACGUCUCCUGGUUCAAGAACGACCAGAGCCUGGCCAACCACCCCUCGGCGUACACCACCGACGUGAUGGGCGUGUGCUCACUGGUCAUCCCCAGUGUCUCCGCCACGGACGGCGGCCAGUACAAAGCGGUGGCCGAGAACACGCUGGGCCAGGCAGUCAGCACCGCCACGCUCAUCGUCGUGGAACCCACGGAUGAGCCGUGCCGCACCCUGGAAUGGCCCUGCCCAGCCCCGCAGCCGCUGGAUGACCGUGGGUCCCGGAAGAUGCACUCCUCACACCAUGCCAGCCUGUGGAGCCCGUCCAAGGGGGUGGAGGAUGCUGGCCAUGCCCAGAGCCUCAGGGGGAGGCGAGCGAGGGGGAAGCUCCUCCAGGGAGGCGUGGAGGCUUCGGGGAAGACAAAGAGGAAGAGGGCAUUCAGACUCCCGGCCUUGAGCUGA